AUGAGGACCAUAAUCACGAGGACCAUAUUCAUCGAUAUAAUACGAGUGCUCGAGUUUAAAGAAAUCCUCGAGAGGACUUCCAUCAUGCCUUUUACGGUAUGUGGUGAUGGCCAUCCUCGGGGUCCUGCAGGCAGGGACUUGUUCCAUUGGCAAGCUACUAUCAUCGGUCCUGUGGACAGUCCGUAUGCCGGUGGAGUUUUCCUACUUAACAUCCAUUUUCCGCAGGAUUACCCUUCAGAGAAUUUUAAGAUUGCUUUUAAAACAAAAAUUUUCCACCAAAAUAUAAACAUAAAUGGAACCAUAUGCCCUGCAAUGUUCAAGGAUCGCUGUCCUGCGCACACCAUUUCCAAGGUGUUACUUAUUAUUUCAGCUUUGUUGGCGGAUCCAGUUGUUGAUGAUCCUUUGGUGCCUGAUAUUGCUUACCUGUACAGGACAAACAAGAAGAAGUAUGAAGCCAUUGCAAGGAGUUGGACUCAGAAGUAUGCCAUGGGCUAG